GCUGCGUUUGGUAGUUUGUCCAUGCGAAAAUCUUGGAAGGAUGGGUGCUAAGUGCUGCACUGAAAGGAAACCCCGUCCCAGAGGAUGGGAUGACAAGCCGUUUCCAAGCAAGAUGACGACGAGUUUGCGCCAUGCUUGGGCCGAAGGCCUCAGUGGCUGCAUUCUGUAUGAGGUCUUUCUGGAGAAGGAGGAUGAACCAAUUGGUUUCGAACUUGAGACCGAUACGUCCGCGUUGACAGUGAAGGCUGUCACGCCAGAUGGACUUCUUGACAGGUAUUGCAAACAAGAGGAUGAGUUUGUGUGCCCAGGCGAUAGGAUCUACUCGGUGAAUGACUUCACAGACAAAUCAGAUAUGAUGCGCCAAUUGAAGGAGCAGCAGAAGCUGGAGAUUGUGUUCUCAAAGCUUAUCAUUGAAGUCAAAAUCUUGAAACGUCCUGGAAAGAAGUUGGGCGCUGCUACGGAUCCGAAGACAUUCACGAUCCUGAAGAUUGCAGAAGAAAGCCUCAUUGAUGAUUGGAACAAGCAGUACCCGAAGGACCGGAUAUGCAUCGGUGACACUGUGCUGGCUGUCAAUGGUGUGGUUGACAAGGACAAGGCCGUUCAAGAGAUAGCCUCCAAAGAAGAGCUAUUGCUGCGAAUGGUGCGUGGUCCACGCCGAGAGAUGGAGGGGGUCAAAGACACAAAAUCAACUGCAAUGUCCCUAGAGCCCUGCGGGAGACUCCGGAUUUGCAAGUUUGCUCACUUUGUACAGAGGAUGGGAAAGGAAAACCACCAGCACCUGAAAAGUGGCGCACUUAGCCAGAACGCAAUUCCUAACAUAAUGGGAGAGGAAGGCUGAUGAAUUUUGUUGCCAAGGCCGACCUUGAAAAUGUAACACUUGGACCGAAGGGGACGAAAGGAACGAACAGAAUCAGGAAUUCCAGCAAGAUUUGAAGAGCUCUGAGAGAAGAAAGCUAACCCGAACACGUUCGACAUGAAGGUCCUGCAUCGAUUCCGCUGGGCACACGCUGUGAAUAAGUGAAUCUUUACAUGGAGGUUCGGUGAGGUUCGAACGAUUCGAUGGCGGACAAAAUGGCCUAGUGGUGGUUGCAAAACGUAUGCAAGGUUGAGCUGGAGACAUGUUUAUACAAUUGUUAUCAACCAUGAAACAUGGGAAAGGCUACAGAGGGUGACCUUUGGCAACUUGCACCUGCAUGGCAAACCAU